AUGGCUUCAAAGCUCAUCCCUUCGAACCCCGAGGCCGUCACGGUCAUUCGUGAGGUUGUGCCCGGCACAAUCAUCACCAGCUCCGCACCUUUUCUCCGCUUUGGACGUAUCAAGAUCGGUGGCAGAGGCACAGUUGUGCGCAUGCAGAAUGGCGCGCUCGCCGUGUUCUCGCCCACGGCGCUCACGGAUGAGCUCAAAAAGAAGGUAGACUCGAUGGGUGAGGUCAAAUACAUCACCGCCCUUGACUACGAGCACCACAUUUUCCUUGGGCCUUGGUACAAGGAGUACCCCAACGCAAAGGUGUUGGGCCCCGAGGGGCUGCCAGAGAAGCGCCAGAAGCAAAACAACGAGAACGUGCCGUUCGCCGUGGUGUUUGAACCGAGCAAGAAGCACGAGAUCAAGGUCGACCCCGAGUUCGACGCCGAGUUCGAGUACGAAUAUGUGCACGCGCACGCCAACAAGGAGAUCGUGUUCAACCACAAGCCCACGAAGACGCUGAUCGAGGCCGACCUCAUCUUCAACAUGCCGGCGAUCGAGCAGCACAGCAGGGUCGGCGGGGACGCGCAGACGGGCUUCCUCACCAAGUUCUUCUCGCUGUUCACGAACCUUCAGGGCGAGGCGACGGGCCACCGCCGGUUCUUGUGGUACAUGGCCAGCAAGCAGGACCGGGCGGCGUUCAACGAGAGCGUGGAGAGGAUCAACGCAUGGGACUUUGAGCGCAUGAUCCCGUGCCACGGCGACGUGAUUGAAAAGGACGGCAAGACGGCGUUCCAGAAGGUCAUGAAGUGGCACCUGGACGCGGCGCUCAAGAAGCAGUAG